UAUAAAUUAUACAUAUAGAGUCUCUCGAUUCUCGUCUUUAACGAUUAUUAUUCCAUAUAACAACGAUCAUUCUUCCGUAUAUAAUAUUGCACACAAACAAAUACUAUAUACUCCUCUCUCAGUACCCAAACCCAUCUCUCUCUCAUAAUGCUCACUUGUAACCACUACCCAGAGCCACGUUCAAUCCACCAGCACUAACAGAUGGGCAAGGCAGUACGGUGGUUUCGAUCACUCCUAGGAAUCAAAAAGGAGGACUCGCCGCCGCAACCGCCGCCGCCGGCGACAACUCGCUUAGAACCAAAGCCGGCGAAGAAGAGGUGGAGCUUCGUCAAAUCGUACAGAGAAAAAGACCGCACAACAAAGUACAACACCGGCGACCACCGAAGAGCCUCGCACGGAGACGCAAUUCCACACUCCGGUUCGUACGCCGCCGAAGACGGCGUUGAUCCGAGCAGGCACGCCAUAGCUGUGGCCGCCGCCACCGCCGCCGUGGCGGAGGCCGCAGUCGCGGCGGCGCAGGCGGCCGCAGCCGUGGUGAGGCUAACGAGCAGCGGGAGGUCGGCGCACGUUACCGGCGCCACCAGCACAGCGGCUUACGGUAGCAGCUUCAGUGAAGAGUGGGCCGCUGUUAAGAUACAAUCGCAUUUCCGAGCUUAUCUGUCGAGGAGAGCACUGAGAGCAUUGAAGGCACUUGUGAAGCUUCAGGCACUGGUAAGGGGUCACAUUGUGAGGAAGCACACUGCGGAUAUGCUACGGCACUUGCAAGCACUAUUACGUGCUCAAGCACGUGCACGUGCAGGGCGGGCCCAAGUUUCUGAAUCCUCACAUUCAAGCACCAAGUCCUCUCAAUUCCUCCAUCCUGGCCCUCCAACCCCUGAAAAAUCUGAACAUGCCACAAGAGCAAAGAGUACAAAACAUGACCAGUCAUUCGUGCUCAAGAGAAAUCGAUCGAAAUCGAAUGGGAGAUUGGUCAUUGAUCAGGAGAAGGCUUGCAGUGAUUGGAACUGGUUCGUUGAAGGAUCAAGGGAAAAAACCAAGUCUUCAAUGAAAACUGGCCCGAUAGAUGAUGAAAGGAUUGACAAAAUACUUGAGAUUGAUAACGGGAAACAGCACUUUGCCCCCAAAAGUAGAAACGAGUUGAAAUAUUCUCAUCAUGCUUUUGCUUCAGAUCAAAUUAGUCAUAGCUUUAACACUUCAAAAGACUCAACUAACCUUCAAACCGUGCCAAGUCCUUCCUCUUGCGAAGUUCAAUCAUUCAGCCCUUUGAAAUUACCUCAAGAUGUUGAGGAAUGCUCUUUCUGCACUGCUGAUAACAGCCCGCAAUUCUACUCUGCUUCAUCGAGGGGCGGCAGUUCUAGGAGAGGCCCAUUCACUCCCACUAAGAGUGACGGCUCAAGAAGCUACCUAAGCGGUUACUCAGACCACCCAAACUACAUGGCUUGCACUGAAUCUUCACGGGCUAAGGUGAGGUCACUUAGCGCUCCAAAGCAAAGGCCCCAAUUCGAGAGGACUAGUUCAACGAUGAGGUAUUCAAUUCAUGGGUAUGGUGAUUCGAGAUCAACCACUCAAAAGAUAUCUGCCUUGCAUGCCAGCUUCACUAGUAAAGCUUAUCCCGGAUCUGGUCGCUUGGAUAGACUUGGAAUGCCUGUGAGAAGCGAUGCUAACGGGUACAACGCUGGUCACUGGAACAGAUUUUAAGGGUUCUGCAAUUGGGGUCCUUUUUCUGUUAUCAAAGGUAAGUUUUCUGUUUAUGUUUUAGAGGCUAAUCUGAAAGCUAACUGAGUAUUUAAAACUCUUAACGGUGCUGCUUAUCUACUCUGUGACUUGAAACUAUUGUAGCUCAAACAUUUAAAAGCACCACUAAAGAGAUUAUGCAUGAAAGAGUUGGAAAUAUGAUAUGGUUUUUGACUUGCAAUUAAUUGUCCACACACACACACAGACAUGAUGGGUGCGAAGCAUUUAGUAUGAUGUAUUUACAUACAUAUAUAUAUAUAUAUAGAAAUAUUGAUUAAACAUUUAGGUGGUUGAGCUCCAUGUCUUAGCAGAGAAAUUGGGACCCGUCUACUAAAAGCACUCCACCAGCUUCCACUAUAAUUUGAACCUUCUGUAUGUUGGGGAGGGAAGUUUGAAGAAUUAGUUUCAGUUGUGAGUUGAAUCAUCAAAAGGGAAAUAUAUUUGUCAUUCAUAGUCCAUAAACUAGGUGCUUAUUAACACUAUAUCAUGAAUGGUUGAGAGUUGAAAAGAAUAAUCAUAGACAUGGCCAAAGGGAAGCUGUAUGUAGGGGCAGGCUUCACUCCUAAACCUCUUGUUUAUGGGUAGGAUUUAAGUUACAUAAUUCUUUUAAAUGGGUGCCGCUUUUGCCCUCCGCGCACUCUCUUGCUGUCAUUUCUUCCCAACUUAAAUUUUUGCCGCUCCAGCUCGCACACUUGUUCCCACACCCGCAUUAUGUGGCAUUAUGUGACUUAACGAAUGACAAGUUCUCCUUGUAUUAAAUACCGUCAUUUUAGUAGUUAUUUUAUUAAAUUAUAGGCAAUGUUCAAAUUAAUUGAAAGCAGAGAAGUGAUUGAUCUGUCAACUGUCACUUGUCCUCAUAAAUUAUGGAGGAAAUUUUAAGUUAAGAGGGUGGUAGAGAUGGAUCUAAAUUCUAUAGACGACCGGCAACUAAUAUAAGAUGAAAAAAAAAAGGCGUGGUAUCAAUCAAUGGUUGUUAAAAGACAAAUGAGAUGUGGUCUCUGCAUUAAAUUACAUUCAUACUGAUUUUUUAUUUUUUAAAAUUAAGAGAAUGGCACAAUAAUCCAACAAAAGUAUUGAGAGUAUCUUUUAAUAUUAGGGAUAGUGAGAUCAUUUUUUAGGGGGCUAAUAUAUAUAUAUAUAAAAGAAAUGAAGUACAACACAAGGUAGUAUAAAAUCUUUUCAAAUCAAGAUAUUACUACUUAAUUUUUGUUGAAUUAAUUUUGUAAAAUUCAAGAGGACAACACUUAUUAUGGAAUGCAGGUAGUAUUAAUUUAUUGUUUCAUAACACUUAUUAUGGAUCCGAAGUCUCUGUGUGUGUCAUGCUUUCAUGUACAAAUCGGAUGGACAAUAUCAUACCACUUUAUCGUCACCAAAAAGUUCGUCAUUUUAGAAAAACUGUAUUAACUUCUAAAAAGUGAUAUAUAGUAAUUUUUAUUAUUUUUUAUUUUUUAUUUUUAUGUAAAAGAUUAUUUCAUCUCUCAUGGUUAAAUCCGAACGUACAUAUUUACGUAAAAAUAAAAAAACUUCACACCUUUGCAUAAUAUACAUUGAAAAUCCAACACCAUUAGCGAUAGUUGCAACGACCUUUACAUCAAUACUUGGGAAAAGAAAAAGAAAAAGAAACAAAAAUAAAAAAUAAAAAAUUGCAUUGUUGCGUGCAAACUUUCACACUGAACAUUCAACUUCUUUACAUUGUAAAUGUAACAGCUUUACAUCAUUCAAGCAAUCCCCUUUGCAUUGUGCGUGCAACACCAACACUCUUUAUAAACGCAAAGUUAAUUUGUCUCUGAAAUCUCUAACCAGAUUUAUAAAAAUAAAAAAAUAAAAAAAAAUAAAAAAAAA